AUGGAUGUGGAAGGUGUCUCAGGAGUCGCAGUGGUACUGGGUUGGUCCCCGAGUGUAGCAACGGCUAGCAGACGACCCUCAGGGGUCACAGGAAGUGUAGUGGAAGAUGAGGACUUUGUAGCACCCUACAGCUCCCUCCGAGACAGACUGUCCAAGAUUCUGUGGAACGGGCGGCUGACCAGUCUCUCUCAUUCAGCGAGAGGAGGAGGGACGUUAAGACCCGCGAUGAGGUUCGGGGAAGGUUACACACUGAUCGUUCGUGCGUGUGCCGAUCAGACCGACAUAUGCGUGGUGGAGUCAUUUGUGCGGGACACGUUUCCUGGCAGCACUUUGAAAGAGAAACAUCACAACACACUGCAGUACCAGAUACCGCAGGGAGAGGGAACCCUGGCGCACAUCUUCAGCCAGCUCACCAAACACCAGCAGAUGCUGCGGGUGGAGGAUUACUCUGUUUCACAGACCACACUGGACCAGGUUUUUGUGAAUUUUGCGCGGCAGCAGCGUGAUGAAGAGGACGGGGUGUUUGAGAACGUUGUGGAUCUGAGUGAUGAAAUACAAAUAUCAGCAACAUAAAUCAAAUAUCAAUCAGCAGAAAUCAGCAGUUACAGGCACUUUAUUACAUUUUUAUUUUACAUCAUGUAGGCUAUCAAGAUUAUUUAGUUUAAAACAUCCUACCAAAUAUAGAGAGAAAACCUUCAGGAAAGCUCAGGGGUCGUUUUUAUACAAUAUUUUUAUCCAAAGAAUUUAUAAUGAAAUUUCUGCUUAAUUUGCACUGCGUAACAUUAAAUACUCCAUAUUUUUACUGAUGACUUACUUCCACAAACAUUAUAUUUUUGUCAUUCUACGAUUAUAUAUGUAAAAUUGCAUUGUGUACUGUAGCAAUAUACUAAUAUAGCAAUAUUUUUUGUGAUUUUGGGUUUAUUAGAGGAACAACGGAGAGAAAUUUCAGCUUUAUUGUCAAUUUAUUUUCUAGUUGUCAGUUGUACUUAUUGAAAGACCAUAUGCAUUGAUUUUUUUCUUUUGUAUCUCAGGAUAAAAUGUCAUGCACUUUAGAGCCGUGUUUCCCAACCUUUUCUGUCAAUAAGGCUCAAGUGUAUUUAUACUGUAAGUCAUAUUUUCUGUUUUAUAGAUUUGCAGGUGACCCUUUACAAUAAUGCCCCAUUAACACAUUAAGCAAUACAUUUGCUUAAGUAUUUCUGGUAACGCUUUAGUUUAGGGGUUUAAUUCUCAAUUGCUCUAUUGCUUAUUAGCAUGAUAUUGCUAGGAUUAUAAAAGCACAUAUUAAUGUCUUAUUCUGCAUGACCACAUUCUACAUAUCCAAUACCUAAACUUAACAACUACCUAACAACUAAAAUUCAUAAUUAGUAAUUAAGUCAAAAGUCAUUGUUAAUAGUGAGAAUUGGACCCCGAUCUUAAGUGUUAGUUAUCUUAACAUUUGUUUUAAAAAAAAAAAUAAUAAAAAAUACAACUGUUCAUUGUUAGUUCAUGCUAGCUGGUCCAUUAAAUAUUAACAGAUACAAACUUGAUUUUAAUAAUGUAUUAGUAAAUGUUUAAAUGAACGGUAUCACUUUAUAAUAAGUAUAGUGUAAUAAAGUAUUUACAAAUCAUUUGUAAAUAGUUAAUUAAUAGUUUAUGCACAUAUACAAAGUUCUUCAUUCGUUGUCACUGUAACGAACAGUGUCAGGAUUAGGAGUCGGUUUAGGGGAAAGAAUAAAUUCCAUCUUUCAGUCCAUAUUUCAGUCCCUAUUGAAAUAUGGAAAUGUUUCCAUAAAUUCCAUAUUUAAGUCCCUAUAAAACAUGGAAAGUCAAUGUCUGUGUCUGCGUGUGCUUUAUGUAUUUGUAAACAUUUUAAGAAACACUGAAUAUGAAUGCAAUUAAUGUCUAAUAAAGGUUAGUUUAAAGCACUU